AUGGAGGAACCACGAGCUCAAGACGAGACUCUGUUGCCGCCUGCCCGCGCCGCAUCUCCGUCUCCAUCGGUUCCCGCGACGCCCGCGAUUUCUUCAUACUCCUCACCGGACCGCACAUUCUCGUCCGUUUCUUCCCACUCCGCCUCGUCCGCAACCUCGGCUGAUGCUCGUUCCACGAUUUCGACUUCCUCCCGCAGACAUGGGUAUGUUCGCGCCUGUGGCGCAGAAUUCGCCGACUCGGCGCGGCAUCGCGAUAGUGUCAUGAGUCUGGGCAGUAUCGCCCACCUGCAAUACUACUUUGCUCGCACAGGCUUGCUGGAUGGAAAGACGGGCCGCGGCAAGGAGUUCAAGAAAAAGACUCGAGACAACGUGCCACGGGUCCUGAUCACACCAAAUGAGCGGCAUAUGGAGGACUUGGUUACCAGUCCCACGGACAUGGGAGACUCGGCGGAAGAGGGGGCUACUUUUGAGGACGAGGAGGGGGAAGUGAUGUUACCCCCCACUGUGAGCACUUACAGUAUCAAGACACACCAUGUCCCGCCACCGCCCGACGUCGUGUCGAUGCGCCGAGAUCUGCAGACGGCGUUGGAUCGGGCCGAGAGCAAUCUGGAAGCCAUUGAGAAUGGGCUGCAACCCCCUCCCCGCGCGCCCAUUCGCAACAGCCUGUCUCCAGGAGAUAUUCCUGAUGCAUCAGAUGACGAUUCUACACGGGAGUCGGCCCCGCCGCAGACUAAAGAGGAGGCCCAAGGGAUGUGUAUCUUGGACGAUGUGACGAUGGCCAUUCGCGCGGCCAAAAUUUACUACACCGCCCAUCCACACCCGGAGCGCCUCGGCUCCAUCAAGAGCGAGCGCGAGAUUCGCAAGGAUCUUCUUCAUGUCUUGGAUGUUCUGAAGAGAUGGGCGCAACGGCACUUUGCCGGUGGAUUCCGCGACGAGGAGCGCGGUGUGGUGAAGGGAUGGAUUGACGGGGUACGCACCAUGCUCGUUCGCGAAAAGGCCUUGGAGGACCUGGAAGCUCAAGAGCGCGACAACUGGGACUGGGCGCGGGGAGACUGGUCUGGACGGGAACGCGCUCGGGAGGAGUCCUUCCUGCGAAGCCUCAUGCUUGACGGACACACAUUACCCGAAUGGACGGCCAUUGAUGACACGCCCCUGGAAUCCCUUCCCUUGCCAUUCCUGGAGCGGUUUCGAGAUGGCCGUGACCUGGUGCAACUGCAUAAUAUUGCCGUCAAAAAGUCCAAGCGUCAUUUUGGCGAGAUCAAAACCUACCAUGAAGAUGUUGCAAAGCCUUACCGCCAGGCCGACAAUCUGCGAUUUUGGCUCAAGGCUGCCGAGUUGCGGUGGGAAAUGCGCAAAGAGGUCGAUGUCAUGGGUGUAGUGCAAAACACCAGCGAGGCCGCAUGGAAGCAGUUUGACGCCGCUCUACUAGCCUGGUGCAAGACCGUGCGAGAGGAGCUGGUAAGAGACUGGAUGGAGGCCAAUCCAGGCCGGCCGCCCAGUGCCGGUCUCAUUUGA